GAAUUUUUAAUUCUGCAUUUUGUUGCUGACUGUCACUGCUCCAUCAAACAGCAUAUUGCCAUAAUCCGUCUUCGCGUACGUGGCUAGACUUUUUGUUCAUAAAAUUGCACGUCGAUCUUUUCUAAUUUUCUCUUGGAAAUCAGGUUGCAUUUUUAACGUGCAUGGACUUCGCUUGCAAUUGGUUUGUUGUUUAUAUCUAUUAGCUUGUGAGGAUCGAGAUUUCGCUGGGACGCCUGGAGUGAGUUGAGUCCAUAAAUUUUUAUUCAGUUUUUUGCACCAAUCAGAAUGACACCAGCGCGAGCACCUGCCGCUGAAACGGGCUUGUCCACAUCGACGGAAGCUGAUAAGUCUCCAGCGACAACAAAGAACCAUUUAGCGAAUGGAUCAUCCGGUUGCUGUGCAGAUUCAGUCGACAACGAUGUGGAGUUAUUUGAUUCCAAGAUAUUGUUCGACUUGGAUUUCAGCAACCCUGCAAGUGAUUAUCGCGGGAUGGAUCUGUGUCCCAAGACGCCUGGAAAAGGCCUACGAAUGCGUGCUUUAAGGAGAGGAGAUUUCCAACGAGGAUACGUCGGUUUGUUAGGCCAGCUUGCCCAUGUUGGCGAAGUUACGGAGCGCAUGUACAAAGAUCGGUUCGAUGGGAUGAGAAAUUGUCCGAAUACAUAUUAUACAAUCGUUUUGGAAGACGAGGUUCAUCACAAAAUUGUCGGUGCGGCGACGCUUGUUGUUGAGCAGAAGUUCAUCCACUCGGCUGCUUUGAGAGGUCGAAUUGAGGAUGUUGUAGUCCUUGAGGAUCGGCGUGGCCAGGACUUGGGGAAACUAUUAAUGGAUACUGCAACCUUGCUAUCUAAGACGCUGGGAUGUUACAAAGUCUCCCUGGAAUGCAAGGAUAAAUUGGUCGGAUUCUAUAGACAGUUUGGAUAUCAAGUGGAUCUUGGAAAUAAUUACAUGAUACAACGUUUUCGAAAUUGAUUUUGCGGAUCUAUCAAAAUUUGUUGAACACCUGCCGUCCGGUGUCUCUUCCCUGUGGCCUCCCAUUUGGUACAAGGCGUUUUCCCGAAUCAUCAGAAUUAUUGUGGAAAUAUUUAUUUUUACGGUUGUUUUCUGUUAGAUCGUGCUUCUUUAAAAUUUUAUCUGUGAAAUAACCUAUCUGAAUUACUGCACCGAAAGUAUAAACCGGUGUAAACUGUAAA